AUGAUGAACGGAGCAGUAUCCAUUCCAAACGGGACUGGAAUCCAGCUUAACCAACAGAGUGUUAUUGCUAAUGAAGCUAACAACAAUAGUGGCAUUACAGAUGUGCCAGCUUCAACAACAGAUAACCCAUACAAGCUCCCGACAACUAGAGAAGAAUUGGGUAAUUUAUUGGCUGAAUACUAUAGGCUCUCGACAGACUCAAAGAAAUACAAAGAAAUGUUUGACCACGCUGAGAAGAGGCGAGAGGAACAAUAUCAACUACAACAACAGUACCAGCAACAACAGUACCAGCAACAACCAUACCAACAACAUCAGCCAUACCAACAACAACAGCCAUACCAACAACAUCAGCCAUAUCAACAACAUCAGCCAUACCAACAACAUCAGCCAUACCAACAAUAUCAGCCAUACCAACAACAUCAGCCAUACCAACAACAUCAGCAAAAUGAGGCUAUUUCCAAAGAGUUUACCGAAUUUAAAGAUCCCAAUGCGGUUCAAAAAGAACAGUUGGAAUCCGUUUUGGCUCAAUUGAGCGAGAAACAGGAUAAGUUUGAAAAAGAAAAAAUAGCCUUUUUUGACAAUUUACAGUUGGAAAAGAAGCAACAACAGGAACAAACCAAGGAAAAAUUGAAUAUUGACCUUUUCGAGAAACAAAUCGCUGGGUUGCUACUCUUAUCCAAAGAUUACGACCUACCUGAAUCAUUCCAAAAGGUAUUUACUCCAGAAGUCGAAGACGAGUCGGAUCAAGCACUUGCCGACAAGAUUUUGCAAAAACUUUUAGUGUUUAGCCCAGAUUUUGAGACCAGAGCUAGUCAAGCAGGAGCAAUCCUGUUUGAUCAAACUACAAAAGACCCCAAAUACGCCUCCCUUGGAAACUACUAUAUCGAGAAAGUUGUAACAAACAAGAUUUCGCAAACAUUGAAGGAGAUUGGAAAUCUUCCCUCAAAUUUGGGGACAUUCAACGGCAAUGGAAUCGACGAUUUGAAGUUGAAAUCAUUAAUCGAGCUCAAGGGGCUUCGAUUGUUGAGUAAACAGAAACAAAUCAAACAUAGUAUAAUAUCACACGAAGCACAGCAGGUUAAAUACUUGCAUCCAAAUUUGAAAAAUCUUCCAAUUUGUUUACUGGAGAAAAGAUCAUUUAGCCUCCGACCCAAGAUUGAGCAGCAAAACCCACACUUGCUAGCUGUACAGCUAGAAGAAUUGAAAAAGCAAGAAGCUAAAGAGUUGAAGCGUAAACUACACAUUUCCAAAGUUGAACAAAUCUUGGAGAGCUCCAUUGAAAGAAGCAGUAAACAUCUUAUUGUGGACAGUUAUAGAAACGUGCACCUUUACAAACAAAUCAACAAUUUCCAUCAACUCACCGAGAAAGAAGAAAGCAAAAAACUUGAAAAGAAUGCUAAACAGAGAUUACAAGCUUUGAAAGCUAACGACGAAGAGGCGUACCUCAAAUUGUUGGAUGAAACCAAGGAUCACAGAAUCACACAUCUUUUGAAACAAACCAACCAGUUCUUGGACUCCUUAACAGAACAAGUUAGAGCACAACAAACUGAAGCCAAUGGGUUCUUUGCCACUCCAAGAAGCGGCAGUCCCGAGCAGUUGGCAACACCAGUUCCAGAAGGACUUGAACAACAAGGGGGCGAAACUGGAGGUGCAGCAGGACAAGCAGGCGCAGACAUCAAAGAAGAAUUGCGCGACAAAACAGAUUAUUACGAAGUUGCACACAAGAUCAAGGAAAAGAUUGAAAAACAAUCAACUCUUUUGGUUGGUGGUACUUUGAAAGAGUAUCAAUUGAAAGGUUUGGAAUGGAUGGUGUCGUUGUACAAUAAUCAUUUGAACGGUAUUCUUGCAGAUGAAAUGGGUCUCGGUAAAACCAUUCAGUCUAUUUCAUUGAUCACUUAUUUGAUUGAAAAGAAACACGAACAAAAGUUUUUGGUAAUUGUGCCACUUUCCACAAUUACAAAUUGGACGUUGGAAUUUGAAAAAUGGGCGCCUGCAGUCAAAGUCAUUGUUUAUAAAGGAUCUCAACAGCAAAGAAAAUCAUUGCAAUCUGAAGUUAGACUUGGAAGUUUUCAAGUGAUGCUUACCACUUAUGAGUAUGUCAUUCGAGAGCGCCCUCUUUUAAGCAAGUUUUAUUACUCUCAUAUGAUUAUCGAUGAAGGUCACAGAAUGAAGAAUACCAAUUCAAAAUUGUCACAAACUUUAAGACAAUAUUAUAGAACCAAGAAUAGAUUGAUUUUGACUGGUACACCAUUGCAAAAUAAUUUGCCUGAACUUUGGGCAUUGUUGAAUUUCGUCUUGCCCAAAAUUUUCAAUUCCGUUAAGUCGUUUGAUGAAUGGUUCAAUACUCCAUUUGCAAACACUGGAGCUCAAGAGAAAAUCGAAUUAACCGAAGAGGAGUCAUUGUUGGUGAUUCGAAGAUUGCACAAAGUUUUGAGGCCAUUUUUGUUGAGACGUUUGAAGAAAGACGUAGAAAAAGAUUUGCCAGAUAAGGUUGAGAAAGUUUUGAAAUGUAAUUUGUCUGGUUUACAGUAUGUGCUUUACCAGCAAAUGUUGAAACACAAUGCUUUGUUUGUUGGUGCUGAAGUUGGUGGUGCCAAGAGUGGUAUCAAGGGUUUGAAUAACAAGAUUAUGCAAUUGAGAAAAGUGUGUAAUCACCCAUUUGUGUUUGAAGAGGUUGAAGCGGUGUUAAAUUCACAAAAGUUGACAAAUGAACUUCUAUGGAGAACAAGUGGAAAAUUUGAGUUGUUAGAUAGGGUAUUGCCUAAAUUCAAGGCAUCCGGCCAUCGUGUGUUGAUGUUUUUCCAAAUGACUCAGAUCAUGGAUAUUAUGGAGGAUUUCCUUAGGCUUAAAGAUAUGAAGUAUAUGAGGUUGGAUGGUUCCACCAAAGCAGACGAGCGUCAGGAUAUGUUGAAAGAGUUUAAUGCUCCAGAUUCCGACUACUUUUGUUUCCUUUUAUCAACACGUGCUGGUGGAUUGGGAUUGAACUUGCAAACUGCGGAUACCGUUAUUAUUUUUGAUACAGAUUGGAAUCCACAUCAAGAUUUACAAGCACAGGAUCGUGCACAUAGAAUUGGUCAAAAGAAUGAGGUGAGAAUUUUGAGAUUGAUUUCAAAUGAUUCUGUUGAAGAAAUGAUUUUAGAAAGAGCUCACCAAAAGUUGGAAAUUGAUGGUAAAGUCAUCCAAGCCGGUAAGUUUGAUAACAAGUCGACUGCAGAGGAGCAAGAAGCGUUUUUGAAGAGAUUGUUAGAGGCUGAUGCCACUGGUGGCGACGAUGAUGAAAAUGAUUCCCUUGAUGAUGAAGAAUUGAAUGAGAUUUUGGCGAGAUCGGACGAGGAAAAGGCGCUUUUCAAUUCAAUGGAUGAAAAGAGAAGACUUAAUGAUCCAUACACGCAACAUAGGUUAAUUGAGAAAGAUGAGUUACCAGCGAUAUUUACUGAAGAUAUAUCACAUCAUUUUGAGAAAGACACUACAGAAUUGAGUAGAAUGAGGGAGAAAAAGAAAGUCAUGUAUGAUGAUGGAUUAAGUGAAGAGCAAUGGUUAAGAGCAAUGGAUGAUGACGAUGACACAGUUGAGGCCGCAAUUGGACGGAAACAAGCAAGAAUAGCCAAUCGAAAGAGGAACAAGGCCAAACGAGAAGGUUUGCUUGUUGAAGAUAUCAAUGAUGAUGAAGUUGGGGAAGAAGACGAUGAGGAUUUCAAAGAUGCCGAAGACUCUGGCCGUCCGAAAAAGAGACAACGUCGUUCAAAGUCUCCCGUCACUGCAAUUGGGACCCGUUCUAGAGCUGAGUCAGGUAUUGAUGGUGUUGGAGGAGGAGGAGAAGAAGAAGAUGAUGAAGAGGAAGAAGUCGAUGAUAAUGAAGCCGGAAACGCCGCAUCAGAUGACCUUGAAGCAAAGUGUGCUCAAGUGCUUAAAGAUAUUUUAGACCUAAGGGACGAGAAUGAUGGGCAUGAUAUUAGCGAGAUUUUCCAAAAACUCCCAUCGCGUAAACUAUACCCCGACUACUACCUGAUUAUUGCUAAACCAAUAGCACUUAAGCAGAUUAAAAAGAAGAUUGAAAAUGAAAAGUAUGCAUCAUUUGACGAGUUUAUUUCGGAUGUGAGACAAAUGUGUACCAAUGCAAAGACCUACAACGAAGAAGGAUCCUUUGUUUACACUGAUGCUGUGGUAAUAGAAAAAUUGCUUGACAAAGUUGUAAAUGUAUAG